GGCGCAUCUCCCCGGUUCCGCUUUGUACCUGACCGGCUCGAUCCCGAACUCUUCCGCCUUGAUGAGCUUCCAGGAGCCGGCGAGGAACUCCCGGCACCAGGCGUAGGCCUGCAGGCGGGUGGCGUCGGGGACAACCCCGUCCUCGUUCUCGGUCCCCCGGCCCCCCUUGGCCGCCAUGGUCGCCCCCGCCCUGUCCCGCUGGGCCGAGGGGCGGUGGCAGCGGGGGGGGCGGGGCAAGAGCUGCCUUCUGGCCAGUAGCAACGCGUCACCUGAGAUUGACGGUUCAUCCAGCCAAUAAACUCUCGGCUGGGGAGCCCAUAUAAUCCGCGCAGCCAAUGGGCGCGCUCGGCGGGAUGCGGCGGAACGUGGAGGUGAAGGCGCGGGUGCGGGCGCUGGCGGAAGCGCGCGGGGCGGCCGAGCGGCUGCUGCGGGGGGGCACGGGUGAGCUGUGCCCAGGUGAGCUGUGCCCAGGUGAGCUGUGCCCGGCUGACGGGCACGCCCAGGGCACAGGUGAGGGGCACACCCAGGGCACAGGUCAGGGGCAGCUGCUCGUCCAGGCCGACACGUUCUUCCGCGUCCCGCGGGGGCGGCUCAAGCUGCGGCGGACACAGGAUGGCCAGGGACAGCUGAUCUUCUACGAGCGCCCCGACACCGCUGGCCCCAAACUGUCCAGCUUCACCAUCACCCCCACGGCCGACCCCGAUGGGCUGGAGGCGCUGGGCGUGCUGGGCAUCGUGAGGAAGGAGCGGCUCCUCUACCUCGUGGGGCAGACCCGGGUUCACCUGGACCGUGUGGAGGGGCUGGGCGACUUCCUGGAGCUGGAGGUGGUGCUGAGGCAGGAGCAGAGCGUGCAGGACGGGGAGCGCGUGGCCCGGGAGCUGCUGCGGGCACUGGGGGUCGGGGAGCACGACCUGAUCUCGGGGGCUUACCUGGACCUGCUCCUGGCCAAGGGGCAGCCGGGUACGGGGGCAGAGCCCUCCCACUGCCACCCCCCGGCUGGGCAGGGACAGCAGAGCUGAGAGCAGCAGGGACACGGCUGUGCCACGGGCACCCUGUGCCCACCCCACAGGCAUCCUGUACCCCCCUAUGGGCACCCUGUACCCACCCCAGACACCCUGUGCCCACCCCAGACAUCCUGUACACCCCUAUGGGCACCCUGUACCCACCCUACAGACAUCCUGUACCUGCCCUACAGACAUCCUGCACCCACCCCAGACAUCCUGUGCCCACUCUAUGGACACCCUGUAACCCCCCAUGGGAACCCUGUACCCCUCCCCAUGGACACCCCCUGCCCCGUACCCACCCCAUGGGCACUCUCUACCCUCCCACAGACACCCCCUGCCCCGUGCCCACCCUACAGAUGCCCUGUGCCCACCCCAUGGACACCCAGUACUCCUCCCCUGACACCCCUUGCCCCAUACUCACCCUACAGACAUCCUGUACCCCUGCAGACACCCCGUGCCCACCCCAUGGACACCCUGUACCCCCCCUGUGCCACCCCCUCCCUUGGCUGCUCAAUAAACUCUGGGACCAUCCCU